AUGGGCACCUGGGUCUCAAAGCGGCAGCAGCACCCAAGCUCACCUAUAACCCUGGAUCAACUGCCCCCUGAGUUGCUGGUGCAGGUGCUGAGUCACGUGCCUGCACAGGCCUUGGUGACACGCUGCCGCCUCGUAUGCCGCAUCUGGCGUGACGUGGUGGAUGGCCUCAAUGUGUGGCUGUUAAAGCUGGCGCGUGACCACAGUGCCCAAGGACGCGCGCUUUAUGCUGUGGUCCAGCGCUACCCACCCACCCCUGAAGAUGAGUUCCCACUCUGCGCCCUGGCGCGCUACUGCCUGCGCAUGCCUCUCACCCGCAACCUCAUCUUCAACUCCUGUGGCGAGCAAGGCUUAAAAGGCUGGGAAGUGGAGCAUGGUGGGAAUGGCUGGGCCGUGGAAAAGAAUGUGACUCCAGUACCAGGGGCGCCUUCCCAGACCUGCUUCGUGACUUCUUUUGAAUGGUGCUUCAAAAGACAGUUGGUGGACCUGGUGAUGGAAGGGGUAUGGCAGGAGUUACUCGACAGCACCCAGAUUGAAAUCUGUGUGGCAGACUGGUGGGGCGCCCGUGAGAAUUGCAGCUGCAUCUACCGGCUCCGGGUUCGUCUACUGGACAUCUAUGAGAACGAAAUUGUCAAGUUCUCUGCUUCACCCAACCCAGUCCUUCAGUGGACUGAGAGGGGCUGCCGACAGGUCUCUCAUGUCUUCACCAACUUUGGCAAGGGCAUCCGUUACGUGUCUUUUGAGCAGUAUGGGAGAGACAUACAUUCCUGGGUGGGCCACUACGGUGCCCUGGUGACCCACUCCAGCGUGAGGGUCCGCAUCCGUCUGUCCUAGUGAUUAGCCCACUG